GGUGCUACGACUUUAUCGAGAUAACUGUUGCCAGUUUGAAGCGAUUCUUACGAAAUGGAAGUCAGUACGCGAAGAACGACUGCAGGCAACAUGAGACAAUUCUGGACUCUCCUGAUACUCUCCCUCGCAGUUGUGCUCCUGCAGAAUUUCCAGGUUUCCGAUGGAGAGCCGAAGUGCCUCUGUAUAAUAACAUACGAAAAUGGCACAAGUAAGCCUUGCUGUUAGCAGAGGAACCAGGCAUCAGAACAAACCUCGCGAGAUGUCGAAGGAAAUCAACGUAAAUAUAUGAUAGAAUCUGUGAUGUCGGUCUUCUGGACUGAAGAUGGAAGCAGAAUGUUCUUCCGAAACGCUGGCAUCUAACCACGGGUCCACGUGGUAUUGCAACCCAAAAGGCCGACAUCAACACAUUAAUCGCUGUAAGAACCUCAAAUGUCAGAAUUAAAGAGAAUGCGUUUUCAAUGUCUCGUCUUCGCUGUCCAACCCAUCUCACGCUCCUCCCUUCACCACAACAGGGCGAAGAGUUAAAAUUACGAACAAUUAUCUAAACUUACUUCUCACAUAAAUUCAGUCUGAGAUUCUCCGAAACGUCGAGAGACGCCACAUAAAAAAUGCAAAGUUAAAGUUCAAUCAGCGUUCAAGAAAUAUAAAAUUCUUGAGAAUGGCCGUACGUUAAAUUAUGAAUAUCAAUAUUCUGUGAUAAAUCACGAAUUACAAUCAGCUUCAGGGCCCAUCCGCCCUGGUCAUCAAGGAAAGGAACAUUUUUUCCGAAUGAGCGCAAAUCUUCUCAAGAAACUGCGAAUCUCAUGUGAUGAGUCUAGUCCACACUUUCCAAUCCCAAUGUUACAUUCCCAUCUACUCCUUGGUCUAACAAGAAGUCUCUUACCUUCCUGCGUUCCAACCAAAAUGUUUACGCCGUCUCAAAGAACCAUCUUUCUCUUGGAAUCAUCACGAAUUCCGAGUCAUAAUUUUUGCGGCAGAGCAGAUGUGGCCCCGAGUUGCGUCUUAAUCAGUUCUCGCAACUGCGGUAGAACGAGGGGGCUUUUGUGAGAUUCCUCGGCGAGGUCACCCGGCCGAGGCACAGCCCACCAGGUAGCGGGUUCAGACCGCGCGCUGCUGUGACCAGGGGAAGUCUUCGUUCCUGCGAUCUGCUCUCGGCUCACGUGGAACGCGCAAGAUGAUCAACCGAAACGUCGUGAUUAUAACGGUGACCGCUUUGCAUCUCAUGACGACGGAAAUGUACGAGGCACGUGCCGCCGCCACCUUCGGAGAAAACGAUAUUUCAACGAACGCUACGGACAAUCCGAGUGGCGCCGAUUACGAAGAAGGAAUGACGACUGAAAGUGGAAGUAACUUCCACAACGCAUCAGACGAAAGUUCGGAAGCGUUCGACAUAUCACAGUACCGAAACAACUGCACCGAAGACUUUGAAUCCGAAAACGAGACUGAACUUAAACCUGCUCCGUACGCCGGGGGAUCUGUUCAUCACUUGGGACCGACGGCGCUGGAACUGCGCGAGGACUUUCAGCUGCUGCUCAAAGCGGUCGCGCGUUUCGGCUGCACUGCGAACGAGUCCCUGGGGCGCGAAGUCAUUUCUAUGUCUCGAGAAUACGUCGACAGGGGCAAGGACUUCCUGGGGAGACUGAGCGGUCAAGAUACGACAGCGUCGGAUGAAAGACACGCCUUUGACGCCGGAAUGUACGAGGCCAGCAUCUUGCGAGCCGAGUCCUUGAUGGAACUCGUCGACCAGAUGACUGACCUGAUGGCAGAACACGCGAGAAUUGACGUAAUCAAUGACGCCAUAAUAAAAAAUUCGAAAGAAAUAAUUUUUUCGAACAGAACUUUAGUGUGGGAGAUCAAUGUCCGACUAAAGGAGAACGUGACCCGUUUACUGGACAAAUGUUUGCAGACGGCAGCGAACAUGUCGAAGUAUAAGGAACAGGACGAUCUUCUGGCGGUCCUAAUACCGAAUCACACAAGGAACUUCUUCGACGUGCGCCAAUGGGCCGACCUUCUGGAGAACGAAACUGAGACGCUGCAAAUCUACAGGACGAAUCUGUUCGCAGCUGAGCGCGACCGGUUCAUCGCGUACACGGUGAAGCCGGCUGUGACGGCGACCGUGUUCGUCGUCGGUAUGGCGGGAAACGGGCUUCUUCUGACGAUCUUCGUCAGGCACAAGGAGACGCGGACGUUUCCGAACUCCAUGCUGAUGAACCUGACCGCCGUGGACUGCGCGUCGCUGAUCGUGAACCUGCUCCUGGAAUACUUCCGCGUGCUCUGGACCUGGCGACUCGGUCUUCCGAUGUGCAAAAUCUUCUACUUCUCUCGAUACGUCCUGAUCGCCGUCAGCAUUUACUCCGUGGUGAUGAUAAGUGUUCAGAGGUUCUUGGCCGUCACACAACUGCCCUCUGGAGUCAUGUGUCGCGUGGGGAAGAAAACCAAGUACGUUUUCAUGGUAACCAUCUGGGCACUAGGGUUCAUCCUGUCGGUGCCUCACGCCCUGAUCGCCGACGUCAAGAACGGACUUUGUCACGAGCUGUCGUUCGAAUACUUCGGUCCCGUGAGUACGACGGACCUCGUCGUGUUCUGCGUAGUUCCCGUCGUCCUUGUCGCCGUGUUCUCGGGGCUGACCGCUACUCGGAUAAGGAGAAGUGUCUGCAGGAUCCCUGGGGAAGGCGCGGGCAAAGAACGCCUCAGACACAACCGCAUCGUUUCCUCGACAAUUCUGAUUGCACUCGUGGCCCUGUUCGUCGUAAGUUACACGCCGGACUUCCUGUACAAGUUCCUCACUAUUCAGGUCGCCAUUCCGACGCCUUCCUGGCAGUUCAAUAUGGUCAACGUGGUGACGUAUUACCUUCGGUUCGUGAACUGCUGCUUGAACCCUGUAAUCUUGUUUGUGAUGAGCAAACGGUACAGAGCUUACAUGAAGAAGUACGUCGGGUGUGGAGGGGGGAGGAAGGAACUGGAUGCAGGUAAGAGUGACGACACGUACGAAACGUCGCUGUGAACACGCGACUGCUGUGCUGAUUCGUUGUUGGUAGACGACGAGGCCCGCGAGUUCCAUCUCUGAGGAAUGCGACGAUCAUCAAUGUCUGGGCGCCCUUCUCUCCAAAGUCCCCAGCAAAUCACACGAAGCCCAGAGCGAACUUCACAAUGGAUCGUCUUCCAUGACGCUGCGUGUGAAGUCCAGUAACAGCCACAACGCCAAUCUCUCAGUAACCAACGAAAAGGGGUAAACCGCCGUGUCCGUCCGCCUCAGAAUUGUUAAACGGAUUUUAACUAAAUUUGCUACGCAGACAAAACGCUGAUGGGUGAACUGAUCCGCUACUUUAAACGAAAGAAAGUUUUACAGAAGCGACUUAGCCCACAAACUUACAGCGGGCUGAAUUGUUUGUAAGUUUUCGUGAAAUAAAGGCAAUUCUCACAA